AUGCCUCCUCGAAGAGCAGUAAGAGGUCGUCCUGCUAGGAGAAAUGUCGAGGAACAAGGGGUACCUAUUGCACUAGAAAUGCAAUCCCAAAGAGAGGUCACCAAUGUUGAAUUCUGUGAAGCUUUCUGGAUGUUAAGUCAAGUUGUGACCCAUCAAGAUGGCCAGAGAGAUAAUCGACAGGAAGUGUCAAGCAAGGAAGGCAAGACAACAAUGUUGAUAGGGGACAUAACAAGGCUAAUGAUCCAUGUACAACAAGUUGAGAAGGAUAAGCUGAAGGAUAGAGAAGAGUUUAAAAAUAAGAGGGCUAAGACAUUUGGGAACGAGUUCAGACAGCAAAAGAGUAUUGCGAACUGGUCUUCCUUCCAACAGAAACAAAAGGGACAUGCCCUAUCAUCUGCUAGUGCACCUAACGGUCAUUUUAUGAGGGAGUGUCCUGAGAACAUGCAAGGUAAUGGUAAUAGGGGCAAUAGGGCCCAACUUUCUUCAGUUGCUCCACCAGAUAGAGCUGCACCUAGAGGGACUACUUCAGGUACUGGCGGGGAAACAAACCGCUUAUAUGCUAUUAAUAGUCGCCAAAAGCAAGAGAAGUCGCCAGAUGUGGUCACUGUUCAAUAUGGAGAAGAUUAUGAUGUUAAUAGCUCAGCCCCUACACCAACAGAAGAUGAAGAAUACCAUUUCAUGUCCACACCUGGACUGUCACAACAACAGUAUGAACCAUUUGGACCUGCUAGAGAGCCUGAAAGUGAUCCAGAUAUAAGGCCUCAAGUCAUAUCUUAA